GUCUGGGGCUGACUGGCACAUAAAUGAAGAACAACCUCAAAGUGUUUUUGUUUUUGACACAAAUUGAGUUUAAACUACAAAUCCCACGAUCAAGCCGGAUGCCGCACACCGGUGUCUGUAGUCCAUUGUGUGGAGUGCGACUCCCAGAAAACAACGCGAAGUCAAUAGUCCAAGGGAGCAAAGUCGAUUCCUUACUGCUCGACUGAGAAGUUGGGAUGGCAGAGCAGCAGCCCCCCCAGGAUGUGGACGCAGAUGAAUGCCUGUCCAGCUACACCUACAUCUACAGCCCAGACCUGCUCAAGGACAAAGUGGCGUUCAUCACCGGGGGCGGGUCUGGAAUUGGAUUUCGCGUUGCAGAGGUUCUCAUGAGGCACGGCUGUGAUGUGGUGAUCGGCAGCAGGAACCAGGAGCGUCUGGCAGAGGCUGCAAAGAAGCUGACCACGGCCACGGGGCGUCACUGCCUGCCGCUGUCCCUUGACGUGCGGCAGCCCCAAACCAUCGCUGCUGCUGUGGAGGAGACGCUCAGAGAGUUUGGGAGGAUCGACAUCCUUAUUAACAAUGCCGCAGGUAAUUUCCUGUGCCCUGCCAGCGCCCUGUCAUUCAAUGCAUUCAAGACAGUGAUGGAGAUUGACACCAUGGGCACCUUCAACACCAGCAAGGUGAUCUACGAGAAGUGGCUCAAGGAUCACGGGGGUGCUAUCGUCAACAUCUCGGCCACUCUGAGCUACCGGGGCCAGGCGCUACAGGUGCAUGCUGGGUCAGCCAAGGCUGCCAUAGACGCAAUGACGAAACACCUGGCAGUGGAAUGGGGACCGAACAACAUCCGAGUGAACAGCCUGGCUCCAGGGCCCAUCUCUGGCACAGAGGGGUACCGUAGACUGGGUGGUUUGUCUGCGGAGGCCGCUGGUCACUUCCACACCAUCCCCCUGCAGCGGGCAGGCAACAAAACUGAGAUCGCCCACAGCGUGCUGUACCUGGCCAGCAGCGCCGCCUCCUAUGUGACUGGAGCCUGUCUGGUGGUGGAUGGAGGCAGCUGGCUCACCUCAGCAAACAGCCUCCCUGCGCUCCUGGAGCUCUGGUCAUCUGGAAUGAAAAAUGACAAAUAAAGAACAAGAGAAGUCUAUAAAAUCAUUAAGCACAAAAAUAAUUAGUUUGUUACUGUUAAUUUCCAACAUUCAACUAAGGGGCAGUAUUAAGGACAACUACAUUUUGGAUGCCCCACUCAGCCCUAUUCAACUUCUUACAAGACCUUAAAUCCAUUCAGUGAUAAUAAAACAUUUACUAAAAUGAA